UAUAACGGUGACGUUGUUAUUCCGCGCCUAUGUUUUGAACAACACGAAUGACAACCGUCAAAGCAAACAGCCUGAUCAUUCCCCCCUAAAUAAGUACCACACUAAUUCAAUAACGUCUACCCCCACUUAGUGCUGAGGUGACUGAGCUGACCCGUCAUGUCUCACUCUCAGCAGCAGUCCGCCCCCGGGCCCCUCCCCACGGCCCCAGACUCCCCUGCCAUGGGCGUGACGGUCAGCGGCAACGUCACCAAGUAUGCCAUGAAGAAGAAGAAGAUCCUCAACGCCGAGGAGAGUGAGCUAUUUGAGCUGACGCAGGCCGCAGGCAUCGCCAUGGACCAGGAGGUCUUCAAGAUCAUUGUGGACCUGUUGAAGAUGAACGUGGCUCCACUGGCUGUGUUCCAGACACUGAAGGCCAUGUGUGCUGGCCAGAGGAUAGCUGAAACCUCCAUGGGAGACUCCUCCACCGCCUCCUACCCCAACACCACCACAGCCCCUACAGAACCCAGAGUGCGUAGUAAAGCGGGUGCUGGCCACGGGGAGAAGAGCAGAGAGGGUUCCAGCCAGAGGGUGCCACGCCAGCCCAGCGCCACCAGAGGGCAGAAGACCACCAAGAGCUCUGGAAGCAGCAGCUCCUCCUCCCAGAUCACCCCAACUACCACCAACUAGACCCCACAGGAAGGAGAGAUGACUGAUGGGGCACCUCACAAGUCUUAAGUUGCUUCCUCUCCUCGUCUUCUUUCCUUCAUCUACAUUAACGGCUAAUGAAUCUCCUCUCCUCCUCGGUUGAAUUAAGAUAAAUGAAGAUAAAUGACAGUUGUUUUAGUGAAGGUAUGAACCUAGUCCACCAUGUUGCUUCACCUUUCAUAUGCUUCCACGUCAGAUGAGUAGAGGAGGAACCUUGUUUCAAAUACAGUAUUGAAAGUCAGAAUCAGUGUGACCUCUAAUGCUUACCUCUUGGUCACCAGUGCUGAUUUUCGACCUGCCAAAAAGGCUGGGAGAAGUGCCUCUUUGGGUCCAGAGUCCAUUGGGAUAUGUUAGCGUAUAAUGGUUGGGUUGACAGAAACAGUUCCUAGUACAGUACCAUGGGCUCAUACUUUAGAUAGGAUAUAAACCAUUCUGUCUUAUAAGAGGGGUGCCAUCUGAAAAUACUGUUUUGUGAUUGUUGUUGUUUUUAUACCAUGAACACACAUAGAAGAGUUGUUUAAAUUGCUCACCAUUACAGCACUUGUGGAACCAAACAUUUUCAUAACAUCUUGUCACAAUAAAAAAAGAACACUUUUGGGGACCUCUAUACAAGGUGUGUUGGUUGUCUUUGUCUACCAUGCUGAAAUCCAACUCAAUACUGGGUCUUUUGUUGUAAUUUCCUUUGGCUUAGCGAGAGUUACUAGAGUACAGCCAAUUCUGUUGCCUCUCUUGUCCAACACAACAGACUGCUGUUGUAUUCUGCCUGAUACCCACGAGGAUAAAGUGAGUGAAGAGGCAGCAGUUAAUGAUGCACAUGCUUGUCCCAAAAUGUUGUCAAAAUAAAAAUCUAAUUUUU